CUCCCUCAGAGGCGUCACGGCCGGAGAGUAUAAAGGUCGGAGCCGAGCGCGGUGCUCGGUGCACUGUGCUGGAGGUUUCAGGACCGGCUGAACGCUGCAUCGCCUCCUCGGCCGAGCGGAAGGACACGGCGGCGGACAAUGGCGACAGGGACCCGCGGUGCACUGCGUGCGAUGCCCGAGGGGGAGUGAAGACUUGAACUCAUUUGGCACCAUGGCACGGAUCCGCACUCUCGCGAAGGCGCACUUUGCAAAGAUGACAUAGCGCUCGAGAUCAUGGGACUCGUCCGGGAACCGAACUCUCUCACAACGUGAACGAAAAGAGGAAAGGGAUUUCUAUUGGGUGCGCUUGUUUCCUUCUUCUAUAGCUGGGCGUGAGUGUGUGAACUAUGAAUCUGGGCAAAGCGCUUCUGUGGCUCCUGCUCUCCAGCUGCGUGACAAUGGUGCUGUCGCUCUCCACUUGCACCACCGUGGACAUUGACCACAUCAAGAAGAAGAGAGUGGAGGCGGUGCGCGGGCAGAUCCUCAGCAAACUCCGACUGACCAGUCCGCCCCAGACGACGGGUCCGAGCCAGGUACCGUUCCAGGUGCUGGCCCUCUACAACAGCACCAAGGAGCUGAUCGAGGAGCUGGGGAGAGACCGGCAGCAGAGUUGUGGACAGGAUAACACGGAGACCGAGUACUACGCUAAAGAGAUUUACAAGUUCAACAUGAUCAAUGGGCCGCCUGAACACAAUGACCUCACCUACUGCCCGAAGGGAAUCACCUCCAAAGUGUUCCGCUUCAACGUCUCCACCAUGGAGAAGAACUCCACCAACUUGUUCCGGGCCGAGUUUCGAGCCCUGCGGAUCCCCAACGCCGGCGCCAAGAAAAACGAGCAACGGAUCGAGCUCUACCAGAUCCUUCAGAAAGACGACCCCAAAGCCAAACAGCGCUACAUCGGGGGCAAGAACGUCCUGACCAAGGGGAUGUCCGAGUGGGUCUCGUUUGACGUGACAGAGACAGUGAGGGAGUGGCUCAUGUACAGACAGACCAAUCUUGGUCUGGAGAUCAGUGUGCACUGUCCAUGUCACACCUUCAAGCCCAACGGGGACAUUAUUGAGAACGCUAACGAGGUCCUUGAGGUCAAGUUCAAAGGCAUGGAGCCAGACUUUGACGACCUGAGCCGCACCAAGAAACCAAGGGAGCAGCUGUACCCCCAUCUCAUCCUCAUGAUGCUACCCCCUCACAGGCUGGACACGCACUCCUCGUCCCGCAGGCGCAAGAGGGCACUUGACACCAAUUACUGCUUCAACAAUUACGAGGAGAACUGCUGUGUGCGACCACUUUAUAUUAAUUUCCGCCAAGACUUGGGCUGGAGGUGGAUCCAUCAGCCUGAGGGCUACUACGCCAAUUUCUGCUCUGGUCCAUGUCCUUACCUACGCAGUGCUGACACCACCCACAGCACGCUGCUGAGCCUCUACAACACCUUGAACCCAGAGGCGUCGGCCUCACCCUGCUGUGUCCCCCAGGACCUGGAGCCCCUCACCAUCCUCUACUACGUGGGCCGCUCGCCUAAAGUGGAGCAGCUGUCCAACAUGGUGGUCAAGUCCUGCAAGUGUAGCUAAGAGCCUUCAGGGACCUUAGAGACACCUUCCUGCACUACUCAGGAGCGUUCCAGGGGGGUUUGGGGAGGGUCCGCUGCCCCUGUUCUUCAGACUUGUCCUAGCUCCAUCUCACUAUUGAAAGCCCAACAGACAUUGGCAGCAUCUGGUCCAGUUUGACUGAUGUGGUUGCGCUCUCAAACCCAACAGACCUCUUGAUGAUCAUCAGCCUUGUUGUUUUUUUUACCAUCUCUUAUGUUUUACUUAAUAUUCCAGCAUUUUUUGAACAGCCCGUACCUCAGUGUAUUCUCAUCCUGUUUUUUAUCUAAAGAGGAACGGAACAAAAAUUGUCUUGGAAUGACCACUGCAUUCUUAAGGACAAGAGAGGGUGGAAAAAAGAAAAAAACAAAAAAACCACCAGAGAAGGGAGACUGAACUCAGCAUGACAGGACACAUAGGACACGUUUGGAUGUCCGAGCUGGAAAGCGAUGCUGUGCUACACUGUGUAUUUAGGAUUAAAUGCCGUUAAAUAAAAAUGAUUUUAGGAAAAAAUGUUAAAAAUGCUGGAAACCAACCUAGUCAAAGUCGUAUUUCAAUGGUGAUGUUAAUACCUCUCUAUUGCAACAGGAUGGUGAUUCCAGGGAUUAGUUCAUCUGAAACUGAAGCCUUUCUUUUGUAUGUGAGCCAGGGAUGAGCGUUUGGCUACAUUUCCUUCAUGGACUGUGGGGGGAAAUAAAUGAGCAAUUCAUCGAUUAUUUGGGAUGGGAGAAUCUCUCUGAACUCCUGCUUCCAUGCCAGUGUUGUAUUGGGCAUAGCGGAGGUCUGUGCGGAAAUAGACCUUAGCCUGCAUCAUUUUGUUCUUUACGCCACAAACUAGUCAAGACUGGAUCAACAGCGCCUCUGCUGGUUCCAGCCAAGUAGUGUUCUCUAUUUUGCCUCAUUUGCUUCAAGGUGUGACUCAUCAACAAUCAAGUACAACCAACCAAUCGAUCCAAAUCCAAAUGAUCGAUUAUUAUGCCCAUCCCUAAUGAGAGCAUGGAUGUCAAGUGAACAAUUUCCUUGACCCCAAACUGUAAAUGAGUUUCUUCUUACUCUUGGAAACACCUUUUUCUUUCAUUAAAAUGACAGUUGGGUUGAGCUGUUCAGUAUUAGGAAUGUUGUGUUGUUUUUGUUGAUGACUAAUUUUAGAGCACUUUAAUUUAAAGGGUAUGCUAAAGUCAAGCGAGGCGACCACACCAAAGAGGUCAUCAGAUUCCAUUUUAUUUACUGAAUGUUGAGUGUAGGUUUGGAUAUGAUCGGCAUGUCUGUCUCACGUCGCUACGAACAGCAUCAAGGAUUCCAAAAAAAACAGCGACCACUUCCAUGCAUGAGUGUUGUAAACAGUCAGCAAUUGAACGCAUUGUCUGUAAACUACACCGCAUUAGAACAUUGGAUUUGGAUUCUUGUACUAAAGCAUGCUGCUGGCGUUAAAAAAAAAAAAAAAAAAAAAACACGUUUGAUGUGACAACCAAUGAAAAUCCCGAAAUUUCAUAUGACAAUCUGCGCAAACUAAACACCUUAAUCAACAACGUAUGAGAGUGACAUGCUUGAAAUUCAAGUAUUUCAGUUAAAGUGAUCACAAACAUACAUUAUGCUCAAUGUAAAGAUAUACAUCAGAAUGGUUUUAUUAAUAGGACGCCCUGAGUGACCUCUUUAUAUAUCUAUGAGAAUGCUGGUCUGCAUGUACACCAUUAACUUAAUCAAGGUUCUUCUUUUGUGCUGCAGCAACAGCCCAAAAAGGCCUACUUACGUACAGUGUAAUAACAACAAUAAUUUACUCAUGUUAUUAAAGUAGGUCUAUCCAUAAAAACAUAAACAUGUCAGUUUAAUCAACGGUUGCUAUAAUUAAACAAACCUUCGAGCAGUGAGGAUUUAGUAACCGUUUGUUUUCAUCCUGGACUCGAAGUCAGUCUCUAAUGCCAGGAACUUGUUUGCGUGCUUACCAUUCACGGGAUGUCUCUGGUUGGUGGCAGGGGUGGGUUCAUGUGAAUAGCUUGCAUACUAAAUACCAGCGGGGCAUCUGUUGAAAGCUAUCUGCCUGUGAAAUCUUUCCGUGGCAUCGGUAGCGCGGAGAGAAUGAGGGAGGGAAACUGUUGGCGCGGAGACCGUGCGAAGGCUGGAAAAGGCCAUCUGAUAUUGGGCUGCGCGACCAAAUCCCAACCUGCGUCAAAGCUGGGAAUUCCGUGCCUGGCACGCGAUCUCCUGCCAUGUCUGUGGCAGUAUGACGGACAAAUUAAUAAGAGCCUGGCACGCUUUGGGCUGUUGUUCUUUCCCAGAAUACACCAGGGUGCCUGGGUGUAUGCGUAAGUUACAUGCAGAGACACCUGUCAGGCCAGCACGGUGGCAGGACGCGCCUCUGGUCGCGCUGGUGUCAUCUGGCCUCCCGGGCCUGUAGCAGUUUACGGUACGCCGAAAGGCCUGCAUAGGAAAGCAACAGAAAUCUCAGUUAACGUUUCCCUCCGAAUUCCCUCGGAAAUUGUGUAAGACGGCCUGUAACCAAUUGAAAUGCCAUCAUAGCGUUAGGGUCCACGCAAUUCAUCGGCCAGACCAUUGAAUCGGCUGUUAUGAUUUAACACCUUACAAAGAUCACUACAUUCAAAUAUUAAAAACAUUGGCAAAACAAUUCUGCUGAUUUGAAAGUCCAAGAGUACUCAUGAGUUCAUACUGGUAUCGGUCUGAAAUAAAGUGGUAUUGAACAGCCUUACAAAAAAAGUCUAAUGACUAUGGUGAUGAUUAUCUGUCAGCCAGCAAAACGGUGGUUAGCUGUUCGCAGUUCUGAGCUUGCGUGUUCUCGCUGUGCUUCCCUGGGUUUUCUCUAAGUCCUCUGGCUACCUCCCAGGUUCACAAGGAGCUGCUGCAGGCCACAACUCACACCCUAGGCCACGCACCUUAAACGCACAAAUCCAACACACAAAAACGAUUUUAUUUUAGAUUCCCUUAAAGUGGUUUAUUUUCUUUGUUCUUUUAUUAAAAACGUAACCAAAACUGGUGGAGGUUUUCAGGGGACUGGAAUGGAUUAAUGCAACUCCAUUUAAAUGUGAAAAUUGAUUUGAUAUAUGGGUACUAAAUUGAAUUACAAGCUUGGUCACAGAAAAAAAUUGAACUUGUAAGUCAAGGUACCCUGUUCCUGCUGACCUCAGGGAUUUGUCCUCAGUCCCCUACUCCAUUCCCUUUUUAGACAUGACUGCUCUCCCAUCGACCCCAAACACACCAUUGUUAUUCUAUUCUAUUUGCUAAGGUCCCCUGUCAGUGGAGGGCCCUUCGAAAUCGACUCAUCACUUUUCUCCCCCUUAUGGCGCCCCUGCCUGUGGAGGUAACGCAGCUUUCAUGAUGAUGAUGAUGGAUUAAAGAGAGCCCAACAAGGGAGGGAUACCACUGAGAUGCCUCCUUUAGAUGUGCUCACCGCUUGGCGCCCCAUCCUAUCACCUGGCAUGCUGCCAGACAUCCAGUAGAAAAGGCAUUCCGAGUACAGUUUGAGCUGCCGUGUGCAUUUGUGCUCCCAAACAGUGUUCCCUUUCAUUCCCUCUCUGCACACACUGUUUAUUUUGGUGCUCGUCUACGCCGUGAGGCCUGACUGAGAUGGAAAACUGACUUCCAGGCCGAUGACAUGACGGAUGAAAGCAGCUUCCUGUAGCUCAGUGAAAGAGAGAUAAAGGAAAAGCCUUCCCAUCCCAUUAUGUGCACCUCCUCCAAUAAUUCAUCCACAACUGGGUAGCAAUACAGUCCGUCGUUGCAGCCGCAGUGAGUCCUAUUAAGGCAGCAGUUAUCUUCAGUCUAAUUUCCACCAGGUCGUACGCUUUGGUUCAAUUCAGGAGAGUACACAUGCUUGUGUUUCCACUGUCAAACGUUACAAAGCUUACAAAAAUAAUUGAUUGGCACCCAUCCGUUGGGGCUCCAGUGGUGAGUGAUACGAUAUUUCAUCUUAUCGCUAUCAACGCAUUAUCGUCUGUCGAUUCGUCGACAAAGAAAUAUACCAUUUAGAAAGAUACUGUCAAAGUUUGAAAGCCAUUUCAAGAUUCUUGUUCAUGAAUCACCUUUCUAUUUCUAUUCUUUCCUAGUGUUUGAAAUGGACAUUUUCAAAAAUCCAAUGAACCCCCGUUAACUUGUUGGGAUACGUUCCAGACCCACCCGUGAUAGGUGAAAAUCCGCGCCAUAUAAACUUAUUACAACACACCUUUAAACACAAAAAUUGGAAAAUUACUGUACUUGCUAUAGUAAUGGUCUGUUAGAUAUGUACCUUAGUACGGUGGUGUGUGACGUAGGCUCGAGCUAUGGCGAGUCUGCGUGUGAAUGUCUGGGCGCCAUCGGCUGUGGCUGACAGCAGCUGGUGUGAGUGUGCUUAUUGUGUUGAUGUGUUUUACUGCUCUCCCAGCGUUCAAUAAAUGGCUGAAAAGUG